AGCGUUUGCUGAAGAUGACCUUGGAAGAAAGACGCAAAGAGUACUUGGGGGAAUAUGUUGCAUUGAAAACUAUUCCAACAUGGAUGGAAGACUUGAAAAGUAAGAGUGAGAGUGAUGGUGAAAACGCUAAAGAAGAUCUGCAGGGGAAGAAAAGUCUGAGCGAGAAAGUUUCUCUCUACAGAGGUGACAUUACGCUGCUUGAGGUUGAUGCCAUUGUUAAUGCUGCUAAUUCCAGCCUUCUUGGAGGUGGAGGAGUGGAUGGCUGCAUACACCGAGCUGCCGGGCCCUGCUUAGUGGCCGAGUGUCGCAACCUGAGCGGCUGUGAGACUGGACAGGCCAAAAUCACCUGUGGAUACGACCUACCUGCAAAAUAUGUGAUCCAUACUGUUGGGCCAAUUGCAAGAGGCCACCUCACUGACACUCAUAAAGAAAACUUAGCAAGUUGCUAUAAGUCCUCUCUGAAACUGGCAAAAGAAAACAACAUCAGAUCGAUCGCCUUUCCCUGUAUUUCAACUGGAAUUUAUGGUUUUCCAAAUGAGCCUGCUGCUGUCAUUGCCCUUAGCACUAUUAAGGAAUGGUUAAGCAAAAAUCACAAUGAGGUGGACCGUAUCAUCUUCUGCGUCUUUUUGGAGGUUGACUACAAAAUUUUCAAGAAGAAAAUGGGCGAGUUUUUCCCUCUAGGUGAUGCUAAUGAAGAAGGGGCUCAGCUGAAGGGGGAAGGCCAGCCUCCAUCUCCCACAAAGAGCAAAGAAGAGCAACCUGAGGACCUGCAGGAUGAUGCUGAAGGUGGUAAUGGCGCAGCGGAUAAGCAAAACACCGAUGAAAGUAAGACCCAGAGCCAAGAAGCAGGUGAAACAAAACCUUCAGCUGUAGCCAGCCUAUCAUCAGAAGACACUGAGCUGAGUGAGAAUAAAGAUUCCCUGAAAGACUCCAAAGGCACGCAGAAGGGUGAUUCAGUGAAUCCUGUGGUGGGUGAACAAGAUCAAGCCAAAGGACAACAGGAUGUUUCUGCUAAUGAGGAGAUAAAAACUGGGGCAGAUUCCCAAGGCUCCUGCAUGGAAAUAGAAGAUCCACUGUUGAACCAAGAAGACACAACAGAAGUUGAGACACCUUUGAUUCUUGGUGCAGAGGAAAAGGAAGAAAGAAAAGAAGAAGGAGAAGGAGGGAUACAAGAACAAGAGGAAACUUCUGUGGAACCUAUGAAAAUUGACCUUGCAAGUCAAGCAGCAGAUGUUUCAAAUAAAGAUGCUGAAAUGAAUAGUCAAGUUGAAAGUAUAAACGAUCCAAUGGAAACAGAGCAGAAAGCUUAAGUAACAGGAAGGAUGCAGGAGAGGAGAGACCCAAGGAAACCCUACGGGCAGGCGCUGACAUCCUACAGCAUCAUUCUUGGCCGAAAAGAGCACACAGAGAUGAUCAGCGGGUUGGGAGGGGGGGAGCUUUUGGGGGAAUGAGUCUUUGCUUUUGAUUUCUCUUUGUUCUUCAUUCCAUUUCGUUCUGUAAGCCUGUUGGAAACAAUCAUAACUUCCCAGCUCUAACAAUGUUUUGCAAUUUGCCCUACAUUUACAACAGUUUCUUCUGUCCCUCUCUUAUUGUGAGUCCCUCUCUUGGGUCUUCUUUCCUCCUGCAUCAUGCCAUCAGUAGCCUGUUUCCAGGUCCACCCCUUUUCUAGCAUCUUUAUCUUCUUUCCCAUGAUCAGC